AUGCACGUCGCUACCGAAUACUCUCACUUCCACCACAAGAGCCGCCUCAGCAAGGCCAGCGAGACUGACGCAGCUGCCUGCGUCAAGAAUCUCUCCAAAUGGGCCGAGGCAAUUGAAGAGAUCAGAACAUGGCCUGAGUACGAGCCUCAACCCCUGCACUCGUUGCCCAACCAGGCAAAGGAGAUGGGAAUCAGCAAGAUCCUUUUCAAGGAUGAGAGUAAGCGGUUCGGUACAUCUCUUGGGUCUUUCAAGGCGCUUGGCGCGCCGUACGCCGUCUACAGGCUCCUGGCCGAUGAGGUCUUUUCCAAGACUGGCAUUAGGCCGACAUCACAGGAUCUCCGGACAGGCAAGUAUAAGGACAUGACACAAAAGGUCACCGUCUGUGUCGCCACGGAUGGGAACCAGGGUCGAGGACUCGCUUACGGCGCCAAAAUAUUUGGCUGUCGAUGUGUCGACUACAUCCAUAACCACGUCAGCCCCGGGAGGGCCGACCUGAUGAAAGACUUGGGCGCCAUCGUCAUCCGAAUCGAGGGCGAAUAUGAAGCCUCUGUCGAAAGGGCGAAGGAGGAUGCGCGAAUGAACGGGUGGCAUUUUGUCAGCAGUACUUCUUGGAGCGACUUCGACAACGGCAUCCCUCAAAAUGUCAUGAAUGCUUACAUGGUGGUUGUGGAGGAGGCGCUACAGAUGGUCCCCGCGGUUAAUGAUAUCACUCACGUCUUUGUUUGCGGUGGUGUUGGGAGUAUUGCUGCAGCCAUAUUUCUGGGCUUCUUCACUCGCCAUUCCCAGAUUCAAGAAGCACAAGGAGGCAAGGCCCUUAACCCUCCGAGAUUCGUGGUGGUUGAGCCCAUGGAAGCAGACUGCUUAUACCAGAGUGCCAAGAAGGGGGAGAUGUGCCUGUCUGAAGGGAGCCUCCAUACCCUAAUGGCUGGCCUGGCCUGUCGAGGCCCGUCACCGGCAGCUUGGAAGAUCUUGACCUGGCUCACCAGCGACUUUGUUGCGGUUCCAGACGAGGUCGCAAUCGAGGGGAUGAAGGCCUUGGCAAGCGGUUCUGGUGGCGACACCCCUGUCGUCUGUGGGGAGAGCUCGGCGGCCAACAUGGGCGUCAUGCUUCAGGCUGCCAGGGAUGAACAACUCCGUGAGAAGCUGGGGUUGAAUAAAGACAGCCAAGUCGUUUUGUUUGGCCUGGAGGGUGCCACAGAUCCUGCGAUCUACGAGAAGCUAGUUGGCAAGUCCCCCGAACAGGUGUUUGAGGCACAGCAGAGUUUCUCCAGACUGCAGUCCAAUAGCUAG